AUGGCUCAGUUCCUGCGAGGAAAGCAAGCUGGUAUCCAGAAGGAUCUGUCUGCGGGCUUAUCCCCGGACUUGUUCCUCCUGGACGAUUUCGCACGAUGUGGUGUAAACUCGCAGAUUAGUGCAAUCGCAUAUGAUCCCAUACAAUCCCUCAUUGCAGUCGGCACCAGUGAUACUCAGUUCGGAAGCGGGCAGAUCUAUGUCUUUGGGCAACGACGAGUUUCAGUGGUCUUUGAGUUUCCGCGGAAGGCGUCCGCGCGGUUCCUUCAGUUUUGCGCCGAUAAGCUGGUCAGCAUCGACUCCAAGAAUGAAAUCUGCAUAUACUCCUUGGUGACUGGACGCAUGGUGGUUUCCUAUGCGCCACCGGGCCAGGUGACCGCUUUGUUAACGGACCCUUGCUUGGAUUAUGCGUUUAUCGGCUUGCAGAAUGGUGAAAUUAUUGCGUACGAUCUCGAUCGAGAGUCCCUCACGCCGUUCAAAGUUCCGAAUUUGUGGUUGGAACGGAACCCUCGCGCGCGGUUCUUCCCCGUCGUAUCUCUAGAGUUCUCUCCUCGAGAUAUUGGCAAGAUUUUAGUGGGAUAUCCAGAGGGAGCAGUGACAUUUACAUUCAAGCAGAAUCUUGCUCAAAAAUACUUUGUUUAUGAAAUCCCCCUGGGGCACCGGGUGGAGACUCCCUACCAUCUCACGACUAUAGUGCUCUGGGAUACAAAGGAUGGGCGCAAGCUUCAUGCCCGGACUGUCCAGACACCCAAUGUCGACCAACCAGGUGCUGGUGGCAGACCAGGCUCACCUGGGGAGGCUGCUGGGCCCAAAGAGCCUAUCACAAAGGUUAUCUGGUGCGUCAAAAAUAACCCGGAUGACACUGGACUUUUGGUGGCUGGUGGCCGACCAGUAGGUGAUCAGACCAAGGGCCUCGUUUUCUUGGACAUGGGCUCGACGCCCAACUAUCAGACAUCCUCAUGGCAAAUCCUAUCUAAUUAUCUCGAGCGGCCACGGCGACAAAUCAAUCUCUCUGUCCCACCGGGGGCUAAGGUUGUCGACCUCUGCCUGAUCCCUCGAUCCUCACCCUACUUCAAUGGCGCCCAUGACCCAAUCGCACUCAUCGCUAUGCUAUCAUCUGGUGAAAUUAUUACCCUGAGUUUCCCCAGUGGACACACAAUCACACCAACUAACAUGCUACAUCCGUACCUCACUUUCGUCCAUCCCUUUGUAAACAAAGCCGUGCUUACUCCCGUUGAUCGGACGGUGUGGCUUGGUCUGAGAGAGCGCCGGUCGCAGGGACCCAGAUUUGCAAUGGGCGGCGUGGAGGCGAAGAACCCCCUGAAGCGCUUUGAAAACCGCAAUGUUAUUUCGACCGCACACGCAGAUGGAACCGUCCGUGUCUGGGACUGUGGACACGAUGAUGAAAUUGAAAACGGUGACGUGGUUCAAGUUGAUCUUGCCCGUGCCAUAGGCCGAGUCGGCAAUAUCGAGGUGACCGAAAUGUCUCUCGCCAGCGGCACCGGCGAGAUGUCUAUUGGACUCAGAACCGGAGAGCUUGCUGUCUUCCGCUGGGGCAACAACCCCUCAUACGGGUGCGAGGAGUCUCCUGGUGCCAAUGAAGGACCAGGGAAGCUGACUCCGAUAACCAAGCGAACUGACCCUGGUCUCAAGACAGGAAUGCUACCUCUGACUCUUUUGAAUAUGCAACAAGGUCCGGUGACAGCAUUGAAGCAUGGGCAGGUUGGAUUUGUAGCGGCCGGUUACCAGAGUGGUAUUUUGGUGAUUAUUGACUUGCGUGGGCCUGCUAUCAUACACACCGCACACAUGUCAGACCUCGUUAAGGGACAGAAGCGGAGUGGCUUCCGCAAGAACCGUGGCUCGGACGAAGUUCAGCCAGAAUGGCCCACUCAAAUCGAAUUUGGUGUGAUGACUUUGGAGGGCGAAGACUACUCAAGCAUUUGCUGCUUUGUCGGCACGAAUAGGGGCAAUGUGGCAACAUUCAAGAUCCUUCCUGCUUCCAAUGGCACCUAUGAAGUUGCUUUUGCUGGGUCAUCGGCUGUUGAAGACAAGGUGAUCAGUGUCAUUCCCAUCGAUGCCGAGUCUGGUGGUCUUGCUUUGGCUACUCCAAGUUCAGUCGGAGGUUUGAGGAGUGGUACGAAAAUUAAUGGUGUUGUCAUUGCCGUGACUCCCUCUGGCUGUCGAAUUUUCAAGCCCCCGACAUCAAAGGGUGCCCACAAGACAUGGGAUGACUGUCUCUGCGACUCAGCAGCCCUUGUCAAGACUGAGGGACGAGGCUACAGCUUGGUUGGUCUUUUCGGCGACGGCCACGCGCGAGCAUUCUCGAUCCCAGCUCUUCGAGAUAUUGGUUGCACCAAGAUCAAUCAUAUCGCGGAUAUGCGACGCCUCUCGGAAGCUUGCAUCACCCCUACUGGAAAUAUCAUGACAUGGGUUGGCCCUUCAGAGGUCGGAAUGUUCAAUGUUUGGGGAGGUGGAAACAGACUGCACCCUUCAAAUGAUAAGCUUUACAACCCAGAAGCUGUGGUUCCCCCGCGUCCAACCAUCACGAACGUCCAAUGGAUCUCCGGCACACAAUAUAUUUCACCGGCUGACAUGGACAUUCUAAUCGGCGGUCCAGGGCGACCACCAUCGAAGGGGAUGAUCGAACAGAUGAAACUCGAAGACCAAGAACGCCGAAGAGCCCAAAACGAAGGACGAACCCCACCGACACCCGCGCAGGGUAGCAGCCAGGAAGGCUACUGGUCUUACAUGUCACGUCAAGUCCAAGAGCGCACAGAGCGUCUCGGGAUCGUCGGAGAUAGCAUGGACAGACUAGAGGAGAACAGCAGCGGCUUUGCUAACGAUGUUAACAAAUACGUACAGUCACAAAAGAAGAAAGCUAUCAUGGGCGCGCUUGGUUCCAAGUUUGGCUUUUAG